GGCAAAGGCCCGCGGUGGGGCCGGGCCGGUAGCGCGGUGGGGCAGCCCCGGGGCGGCGGCUCCGCCCCGCGGGAAGGGCCGGUGCUGCUACAAGACCGCGGGGCCGGUGUCCGGAGCGGGAGCGGAGCGGAGCAAGCGGCAGCAGCAGGAUGGGGCUGGAGCUGUACCUGGACCUGCUCUCGCAGCCCUGCCGGGCGCUCUACAUCUUCGCCCGCAGCAACAACAUCCCCUUCGAGUUCAAGCGCGUGGACCUGAUGAAGGGGCAGCACAGGUUGGAGGAGUUCCGGAAGGUGAAUCUCCUGAUGCAGGUGCCUGCGUUAAAGGACGGUUCUUUCACCUUAGCAGAGAGCAUUGCAAUCCUCCUGUACCUGGUGCGGAAAUUCAAGACUCCUGAUCACUGGUACCCGUCUGACCUGCAGCAAAGGGCCAGAGUUGAUGAGUACCUGGCCUGGCAGCACACCAGGAUUCGUGAGAAGGAGAGAAAGGUGUUCCUUCUGAAGGUGUUUCUGCCUCUCAUCACCGGCGAGCCACUCCCUCCAGAGAAGCUGCAAGGUGCUAUUGAAGAGCUGAAUGUUGUCCUGAACCAGUUUGAGGAGAAGUUCUUGCAGGACAAGCCCUUCAUUGCAGGCAAAGAGGUCUCCCUGGCAGAUCUCGUAGCAGUGGUGGAGCUCAUGCAGCUCGUGGGCGCCGGCCACAACAUCUUCGAGGAGAGGCCCAAGUUGGCAGCGUGGCGCAAGCGGGUGGAAGAAGCAGUGGGGAAGCAGCUCUUCCAGGAAGCCCAUCAAGCGAUCUUGAAUGUCAAGAACUUGACUGCUGAUCAGAUGGCACCCGAGAUGCGGGAGUAUACGAAGCAAGUGUUGCUAAUCCCGGUCAGCUAGAAUUAGUGGGUUAUACUCAAGUAAAAUGGAUGAUUUCGUGUAGGCUUUUUGUAGUAUUUCAGCAUUUCUUCCAAAAAUCAUAGAGAAGCACCACUUCACAAAAUGCACUUAAAUCACAGCCUUUCCACAACUCAGAAGGGAAAAAACCUACAUCUUAGACUGUAGUGAGCUGCUUUCCCCUCUUGGCCACUACAGGUUUCUGAGCUGCAGCCCUAUAGGCUUUUCUUUCUUGCUCCAGCAUCACUAGAUCUGCUUGAGGACAGAGGCGAUUUGGUCCAUAUGUGAACUGGGGCCAGUCAGAGCUGCCCUUUCCAUCCCUGGUUUGAGUUUUCCAGGUCACAGCACUACAAGAAGGGGCAACUGAGGGUAUGACAGAGCAGAUUUGUCUGAAACAAGAAAAAUAAUUGAAAAUGGCUUUCACUUUGCAACAAGCUCAGCUGGAAGAUUCUUGCUUUUUCAGCAGAGGGAUGGGUUGUGACCCAGCCCUUGGUGGGGACGCUGCCAGGGCUCUGGGAGCACUUGGCCACUGCCGGCUGCUGCCUCAGCUGUGCGAGCAAAGAGACACAGCACCGUGGAGCAGGGCACUGUGCGGGUACCCACGUGAGACCUCCAGCUUCUGGGAAGAAUGGGGUUGGUCCCAUUAAUAGAUAACCUCAGCCAUACACUCAUGCCAUACUUUACAAAGAACAGCCUUGGCAGCUGAGAAAAGCUGCUUUUCCAGAUGAAGCUGCUGCCAACCCCACGAUCUCCUUCUGCAAACUGGGUUGGUGCUCUUGGCCUGUCCCCGAGCAGCUUUGUCAGCUGAUGGAAUCCCUUCAAGCCGGGCUUGACAAGAGCUGCCAUGGCUGGGCCAGUGCUGGGGCAGAGGGAACUGUGUGAUGUCCCAAAUGCAGUCAAUGUCCCACUGUUGUCCUGUCACAUCUGAUUCUCCAGUAAAGUUAAUGAUUACACUUA